GGGUUUUGGCUUUUAUGAUUCCCUGCGUGUAGCUGUGCUACUUGAGCUGUCUUCUCCUAAUUUUUUCCCAUUUCUCCUCUCUCUCUCUCUCUCUCAGAUUCUCAACAGCGAGGAACAGAGACGAAUCCCGCUCUUUCCUCUUCUAUUCUUUCCAGCUUCGAGCGAAUUCCGGGAUCGUCUUCUUUCAAUCCACAGAUCGGGCUUCUGCUUUCAAAUCCACUUACCGCAGUCGAUUCGAUCAGGUGCCCAUUUGUUCGAUUCGAUUCGAUUCAAUCUAGGUUUUAGCUCUUGGGUUUUGAUUCAGAUCUACUUCACCUCUCUUGUUCUUCGAUUUCUGGUUGGCUACUCAAACAGUUCAUUCGGCUACCUCUUUUGCGUCCUUAGUCUUCGGAACUAGGGGUGCUUCUGCUUGUUUCUGUAAUUGAAAAUUACCAGCUAGGAUGAAGAAGGCCUUCGAUCAAACUGUUAGGGACUUAAAACGAGAGGUCAAUAAGACCGUGCUCAAAAUUCCGAAAAUAGAGCAGAAGGUUUUGGAUGCCACUAGCAACGAGCCUUGGGGUCCUCAUGGAUCACUUCUUGCAGAUAUAGCACAGGCAACUCGAAAUUAUCAUGAAUAUCAAAUGAUUAUGGGAGUAAUCUGGAAGCGGAUUAACGAUACUGGCAAGAAUUGGAGGCAUGUUUACAAGGGUUUGACCGUUUUGGAGUACUUGGUGGGUCACGGGUCGGAGCGUGUCAUAGAUGACAUCAGAGAACAUGUCUAUCAGAUAUCGACCUUAUCUAAUUUUCAAUACAUCGACUCGAGCGGGAGGGAUCAGGGUAACAAUGUUAGAAAGAAAUCGCAAAAUCUUGUUGCCCUUGUAAAUGAUAAAGAGAGGAUUGUUGAGGUCAGACAGAAAGCUGCUGCUAAUAAGGACAAGUUUCACAGUGCAGCAUCUAUGGGCAGUAUGUAUAGACCAAGUGCAGGAGCAUAUGACGACCGCUAUGAAGGAAGAUAUGGAAGCCGUGAUGGAGACCGAAAUGUUGAUUCUUAUGGGAGGGAAAGAGAAUAUGGUUUUAGAGAUGAACGUUCCGGUGGAAAUGAGGAUUCAUAUGGUCGUGAUUAUGAAGACCGCUAUAAUAGAGAUGGUUAUAGGGAUGAUGAUUAUCGAGGAAGAAGCCGAAGCGUUGAUGACUAUCAGUAUGGUUCAAGGAGCCGGAGCUCUGACAGAAAUGGAGAACGUACAUAUGACGAUGGUCAAGUUUCUUCUCGCAACAACGAUACUAGAGCGAACGAGCCAUCUCGGGAUGAAAGGCCGCUUGAACGUAAAUUUUCGGAACAGAAUAUUGGUGCUCCUCCCAGUUACGAAGAAGCUGUGACUGAAUCUGAAAGCAAUGUGCAAAGUCAAAGAGAUGUUGAAGCUCCACCGACUGCUGCUCCGAGAGCAUUUCCCCCACCCACAUCCAGUACUCAAAGCCAGCUAACGACUCAGGGAACUGCUGCAUCUCCACCUACCCAGGGACUUGAUGGUUCUGAUGAAUUCGACCCUCGUGGUUCAGUUCCAGCUGCUCCACCUGCCACAAGCAAUUUAGAGACAAAUUUAUUAGACUCCUUGGCCUUAGUGCCUGUUGGGCCAGUAACAUCAACUGCAGACUAUGAGGGUCAUGUUCAGACAAGCUCUGCUGUGGGAUACCAUGCUCAAAAUCAGACUUUCGAAGACGCAUUCGGUGACUCGCCUUUUAAAGCCAUUUCUUCCUCUGAUGUCCAAGAUCAAGCACAUGUCCAGCAUGGGGAAUCAUUUUCUGUAGCAACUUAUUCCACACCGAACAUCCCCGUUCAACCCCAACCAAAUUUUCCGCAGCCUCGUGAAGAGUCUCUGCAACAUCAAAAUAUUGGUGUACUAGCUGAUCUCCUUCCUCCUCCUGAACCUUUACCUGCUGUUGUUUCACAGCCUGCAUUCACAGUAUCAAACAGCCAACAAGCUGUAUCUGGCUUGCCUGCACACCCAAAUUCUAAUAACUUGGGGACUUAUCAGCAACAUGGAAACGUAGCUCCCGUAAAUUUUCAAAAUCCAACAGAACCCGGGAGAGAGUUUAACAACGGGAUGUUCAUGGUUCCGGGAAGUGCACCGACACAUGUCAAUUCAUAUAUGGUUCCUCCAAAUGCUGGACCUAGUACACAUCCCAACAAUUUUGGAUAUUCUCAGGAUGGUUCGGUAGCUCCCACGAGUUCUCAUGUCGCACUUCAAACUACUCAACCGCCUGCUCAGCUUCCUAGUGGGAACUUCAAUCCGCCACACGCCUCUGUAGCUCCAGUAGCUUCUCAAGUGUCUUACCAAGCCCCUAAUUUUCCUGUUAACGUAUCUAACCCUGAUGUUAUGGGUAGUUUUCAAGCAGGAAACCAUACAUCCAUGGCUUCCCAGCAAAUUCCUCCAUCUGGAUCGCUUUCAAAUGCAUCUCAACCUUCAAAGAACAAGUUCGAGACCAAGUCUACAGUAUGGACUGACACAUUAAACCGAGGGCUUGUCAAUUUAAACAUAUCUGGAUCUAAAACAAACCCAAUGGCGGAUAUUGGUGUUGAUUUUGAAGCCCUCAAUAGGAAAGAGAAGAGGAUGGAGAAGCCUAGUACAGCUCCAGCGAUAUCUACCAUUAACAUGGGUAAAGCUAUGGGAUCUGGUUCUGGGAUUGGCCGAGCCGGUGCGAGUGCACUAAGGCCACCUCCAAACGCAAUGUCGGGUCCGGGAAUGGGAAUGGGUAUGAACCCCAACCCUGGCAUGGGCAUGGGUAUGAGAGGAGGAUAUGGAGGCAUGAAUCAACCCAUGGGUGGCAUGGGGAUGAAUAUGGGUAUGGCACAACACGGAAUCCAGAUGCAGCAGCCUCGAGCGAACAUGCCUGGUGCAUACAACCCAAUGAUGGGUGCUGGUGGCUACGCCCCUCAACAGCCACCGUACGGCGGCUACCGAUGAUAUCAGACAUGUUAUUAGAGUUGUGGAAGAGGCUCUGCUUGUUUAUCAGAUUGUAAGAUUAGAUAGAACACAGCAUUAAAUAUUGGAAGGUCUGCAUCCAACCCAAGAUUUUCUUAUUUGAAGCUAUGUUUUCCCCUGAAAGAAGGCCUCGCCUUCAUUGUUUUCUACCAUCUCGUGUUAGUCAUUUUUUUUGUGGGUUGAGUUCUGCUUUGAAUUUUGUGUGUAUUCAAUGAGGUCAAAAUCUUUUUCUCAUCAUUUUCCUUGCACGUUCUUGUGAUUGUAUAUUUUGAUUGAAUACCAAAAGUAAAGAAUAAGAUACAAUGGUCAAAG